CUUCCAUCUCUUUCAUAAUGGAUCCUGCAGCAUCGUCCGUCGCCGGCGUCAGCCAGCACGUUAUAAAGAAAGAGGAACAAGACUCUGAUGAUGACUGCCUUUUUAAGUCUUCCAAUAGACUUCCACUAACAAUGAGCGACAGCCUCACUCUCGUCAAGGAGGAGAGCGAUGAGGACAAAAAGAGCUUCAAGAUGAAAAGACUGAAGCCUCAAAGAAACAAAGCCAUUACAGUCGAAGAGUUCUGUGAUACCAUUGUUGCUAACCCGGAGCCUAAUGAGGAAGAUACUGAGGAUGAGGACGAUCCAGAUUCCGCACAUGACGAGGAUUCAGAUUACCACGAUUCAGACGACUCAGACGAUUCGGAAGCUCAAGAGAAGCAAGGCAAGUCGAAACAGGGUACUUGUGAAGUCUCAACAGUCAAAAAGCUUAUCAGAAAAUGCGAAAUUCUAAGAAACGAUCUGUUCUACAAGCAGCACGAAGGGGAAAAGUUAACGCCUGAGGAGCAGCAGCAAAUGGAGACACUUAACGUAAAGAUAGCCAACGCGAAGAAAGCACUUGCUAUGAAUGCAAGAGAGUCCCCGGCUAAGACGGCUCGGGAAUACUGGCAGCGCUAUUUGAAGCGAAAAGAGGAAAAAGAUGACAGAAAGCGCAAACGUGACGGCGAUGAGGCAACCCCAAACAAACUUCAGAAGACAGCCAUCCAAGCUGGACCUUUUGGUGGAGUUGAGCACCCUGGUUUCUCGAGAGCAGCAGCCUUAUUCACUUCAAGCAAGCCCCAAGACGACGACGACGACAACAGCGGACCGACGAACAGAAUUAAGGCCACAACCCAUGAAGCUCAGAUAAAGCAGAUCAUGGCUGGUAUUCCCGAGGGAAACGACACUAGACAUACCAAGACACAACGACGUGAUCUAAUCAAAGCUAAAAAAUGCUUUGGGUACAAGAAGAUCGAGGCUAUUGACGGGAAGUGGAGGCUUAAAGGGAUGGGAACCCCUUUGCACAGCCAGCAGCUCGUGGGUGCUACCUGGAUGGUCAUGCGUGAAGCCAUGGAAUUACAUCCCGCUGGAGGCAUACUCGCUGACGAGAUGGGCCUUGGAAAGACAAUCACUGCUCUGGCAACAAUAAUCGGCCAUCGAGCAGAGCCAGAAGACAGAGAUGAGGGCUAUGGCAAGGCAACUCUGGUGAUUGCUGACAGCCCUCAUUCUGCCUCAAGGACAUGGAUGGAUCAAAUCAGUAAGCAUACCUCGGAAAGGUUUGCCAAUAGGUGCCUGAUCUACGCCAAGGAUAUCAAGAAGAACGCAAAGUGGUGGAGCACGAAGAAUGUGGUAAUCACCCAUUUAAAUGCAAUACGUGCACAGUUCCCCAGCAAGAAGGAAUACAAAGAGCUGAAGGCCCAAUGGGCAGGAGAUAACAAUGGGUUUCAGCAAGCUCUCUCGAAGAAGCUCGGUCAACUCUUCAAAAUCAACUGGUAUCGAAUCAUUCUGGACGAGGCUCAUGGUAUCAAGACUCACACAUCAAGUGGUGCUCUUGCAGUCUGGCGACUGAACGCCAAGUAUCGUUGGGCUUUGACUGGCACGCCCCUUGCCAACAGACUGGAAGAGUUCUACCCCUACUUAAAGUUCAUUGGUUGCGAUUUUGCAACUACAAUGAGAAGAUACAGAGCUGAGUACAUCAAGGAUGACCAGGCAGCUGCAAAUUUCGAUCAGUUGGUGGGACUUGUCAUGAUGAGACGACAGCAAACCGAGAAGUUCCUGGGACACACCAUUGUUCCCCUGCCAAAAAGCCAUCGCAGUGAUAUUUGGAUCCCCUUUUCAAGCUGGGAGAAGAUCCAUUUGGAGGCCGUGGAUGGUGCGUACCAAGAAAAACUUCUCAACGUCCAAAAUGACAACCAAGAGACUGUCGCACACGAACAACAGCAGGAUCCUCAGGAAAAUGAGGAUGUACCCGACGAUGAGAGUGAAGGCGAGUUCGAAGGUGACGGGAACAGCGGUUCCAAGGCUCCAAAUGCCUACAGAAUUCAGAGUCUGCGGUGCAUGAGGAUCCUGCAACUGACGUCUCACCCUCUCAACCUUGAAAAGUUCUAUCGAGAGGAAGACCAUGAUGUAUACAUUGGCCUGACCCUCGAGCGGCUGAAGUCAGAAAUUACUCAGUCGAGCAUCGAUGCAGAUCAGGAAGCGCUGGAAGCGUCCCUCAAGCCAGCCUAUUCUUCAGGGCUCCGACAGUUGGAGUUGGCGAUCAAGGACAAGUUUGGGGGUAGCAAGGAGAUGGCAGAGCUACUAACACUUGCAGCUAACGAGAAUAAAGUCAAGGAAAUCACCUGUGCCUUCUGUCGCAAGAGAAACCCUCCUGCGAACCCUGUUCAGAGUUCGAACUGCGAGCAUAUCUACUGCAGAGACUGCCUUUCCAUUGCAGUCAGCGGCGUAACCAAAACCGGCCGCGCCCGUGUGCCUCCUCAGUGUCGCAAUACGGGAUGCUCUUCCAAGCUUGGAAUGGGCCAAGCAGUGAAGACUCCGGAUUGCAUCGACGCGGCUGUCAAAGCUAUAAAAGGUUACAAGGAACCGGGGCGUGACAGUAUCGGAACACGAUGGACUAGUGGUCCAAAAGAGCGGGUUUCGUUCUUUCGCGCUGUUUGUGGCCGCGAUGAUAUCGACUAUGGUCCUGUAAAGAUGCCUCUGAGCUUCAAAGUGAAAGCCACUUUGGCAGUGAUGUUGACCUGGAUGAAAGAGGCCCCCGAUGACAAGAUCAUCAUUUACGUCCAGUGGACUAGAACUGCAAAGUCUCUUGGCUGUGUUCUUGAAAGUAUGGGCAUCAAAUUUCUCUACUACAACCGAAUGGCAAACGAGAAGCAGAAAUCUCGAGCAUUAGAUGAGUUCACUAACAACCCCGACAUCAAGUUUCUGGUGUCGUCAAUGAAGUGCGGUGGACAAUCGCUGAACCUCCAGAUGGCCAACCGCGUCAUCAUCGUUGACGAAUGGUGGAAUAAAGCCGUCGAGGAACAAGCGUUCAAAAGAGUCUUCAGAACCGGUCAGCUGAAGGAGACAUACCUUGUUCGCAUCAUGGCGAAGGAUACCAUUGAUGAACGUAUCAUCAUGCUGCAAAACGUCAAGGAAGAGAUCAUCAGGGCUGCACUACAGGAUGAGGAAAUGCAGCCUCACUUCUCUAAUGAUCUUCAGCUUCGAAUGCUGUUCUCCGGAAAGGAUAAACAGACGCUGAUUAGCGAGAUGGAGAAGGAGACUCGUGCCAAACAGGCUAAGCAGUGAUUUGGUCAGAGAAUGGGCAGAAAACGAUGACGUUGCGGGAGAUAAUUUUGGUAAAGAAUGUUGCUGGCGAUUUAUGGAUGGCGCUUUGAGAUUGAGAAUGGAG